AUGGCUUCAAUUGAUUUUGUUGCAAUCCCAGCUGCCGCUAACUAUGUCACAUUCGAUGAUUUACGCUUAGGUCGCUCUUCUCAGGAAAUUGUUGGCCGCCUUCUCCGUUUCUGGGAUGCGAAGAAUAUCAAAAAAGAUGGGGAGUUCAUGGGCAUCGUCCUCCUCCUGUUGGAUGAGAAGAACUCAGUCAUACAUGGAUUCAUACCAGCUGUCCGUGCAAGCCAAUACCAUCAGCAGUUACGAGAAGGCCUCAUCGUCAAACUCACCGACUUUGAAGUGGGCCGAUGCACAAACCUUUACAAAAUCACAGACCACCCUUUUGUGAUCCGUUUUCUACCUGGGACCACAAUUUCCGACGUCUCAGAUGUUGGGCGGUCAAUUGCAAAAGAAAAAUUCAUGCUACGGAAGCUAGACCACCUCCAAGCUUUGGCAAACACCAAUCUUGAACUUCCUGAUGUUGUUGGCCACAUCCGUUUUGUUCAAGGCUCCAACCUAAGAGACGCUUCUUCCACGCAACGUCUGGUCGUCCGGUUCCAAAUUGAUUCAUCUGUUACUGUAUCUCUUUCACUCUGGGAUGACACCGCUGCAACCUUUCGUGCACACCUUUCCUCUAAAAACAAGUUGUCCUCUGUCAUGCUGGUCACUACGGUCAACCCGAAGCUCUUUGGAGGAAACUUGUUCCUUAACUCCACUCCAGCAACAAAGUUUUACUUUGACCCAAAAAUAGAAGCAAUUCAAGAGUUUACCAAAAGAUCGAAAACGCAAACGGGUAACCAAGACAGAAGAGACAAAAAGAAGGAAAACAUAUUUUACAGACGACCCUCUUACCAAUCUAAUUGGGACAAGUGUAGCUGCGUCAACUGCAAAUUGUCCACCCUGGAUUACACAAAAGCGAGGUAA